GCCAGGGAUGGGAGAGGCCGAGUGAGGUAGCCCCCUUUGGGGCGUGCUUUGCCACUUCCUUCUCCGGCCCUUUGACAGAUGAGGAAACUGAGGCAGACAGGAGGAAGCGCCUGGCCGGGGUCGCACGGGCCGAAUCCGAGCUUCCCUGGUCCAGCAGAGCCCCCCCCCCCAGGCCCUGGAAAGGCCUUCCUCUGGGGUGGCCCCGCCCCUCCCCCUCCCAGUUGGGGGCCAGUUGGGAGGGGACGGAGGGGGACGUGGAAGUGGCCUCUCGCCCCUAGGAAUAGGGAUGGAUUCGUGCGUGGUUCCCCUGAGACACGGAGGGCUCUCCCUGGUGCAGACCACAGACUUCUUCUACCCUUUGGUGGAGGACCCUUACAUGAUGGGACGGAUCGCCUGUGCCAACGUGCUCAGUGACCUCUAUGCCAUGGGCAUCACCGAAUGUGACAACAUGCUGAUGCUCCUCAGCGUCAGCCAAAAGAUGAGUGAAGAGGUAGGACGGAUGCUGCCACUCGUCUGCCUUUCCUGCCAGGGGACUCUCUCGGCUUCUCCCUCAGCGCCCCUGCGAGGCCUCAAAGGCUUUACCUCUGAGGACCCCAGACUUUGGGCCUCUGCCCCCACUGAGUAG